AUGAUUCAAUCUUAUGAUUCAAUGAUUCAAUCUUAUGAUUCAAUGAUUCACUCUAUGAUUAAAUGUUCACUCUGUGAUUCAAUGAUUCAAUCUUAUGAUUCAAUGAUUCAAUCUUAUGAUUCAAUGAUUCACUCUAUGAUUAAAUGUUCACUCUGUGAUUCAAUGAUUCAAUCUUAUGAUUCAAUGAUUCAAUCUUAUGAUUCAAUGAUUCACUCUAUGAUUAAAUGUUCACUCUGUGAUUCAAUGAUUCAAUCUUAUGAUUCAAUGAUUCAAUCUUAUGAUUCAAUGAUUCACUCUAUGAUUAAAUGUUCACUCUGUGAUUCAAUGAUUCAAUCUUAUGAUUCAAUGAUUCAAUCUUAUGAUUCAAUGAUUCACUCUAUGAUUAAAUGUUCACUCUGUGAUUCAAUGAUUCAAUCUUAUGAUUCAAUGAUUCAAUCUUAUGAUUCAAUGAUUCACUCUAUGAUUAAAUGUUCACUCUGUGAUUCAAUGAUUCAAUCUUAUGAUUCAAUGAUUCAAUCUUAUGAUUCAAUGAUUCACUCUAUGAUUAAAUGUUCACUCUGUGAUUCAAUGAUUCAAUCUUAUGAUUCAAUGAUUCAAUCUUAUGAUUCAAUGAUUCACUCUAUGAUUAAAUGUUCACUCUGUGAUUCAAUGAUUCAAUCUUAUGAUUCAAUGAUUCAAUCUUAUGAUUCAAUGAUUCACUCUAUGAUUAAAUGA